AUGGAGGUUGACAAGGAACAACAUGAGGAUAUCCCUGAAUAUAAUACAAAAUAUGAGCUUGAUGAUGGAAACCAAGAAUAUGAUUCGCCUACAGAGAAUGGUGAAAGUAAAGACAUUCACUACAAUAGCCAAUUAGAUUCGGAAGAAGAAAUCCACAAAAUAGUUCCUUCAAAAUUAGAUAGGAAGAGGGGCAUGACUCGAUUGCCAAAACUGAAGACUGAAUAUGUCAAUUCUGGUGGAAAAAAACGUGUCAGGUUUGAUGAAUUUGGUAAGUUUACAGGGAAGAAUAAUGCAGUAUUUGUUAGCUAUUUGGGUGAUCUUGUCCACGAGAAGGUGGGAUUAAGUGCUCUUUGCUGGAAAAAAGUUAAACCGGAAAUGAAGGACAAAAUAUGGGAAGAGAUAACAUGCUAUUUUGAGGUUCAUGAAAGUGGAAAACAAUUUGUGAUGAAUAGACUUGUUCGUUAUCGUGCACUAAUCACUGAACAAGAUGAUUGGAACAAAGUUGUGACUUAUACACAAUCUCAAGAGUUUCAUAAUGUGUCACAAAGGACUAUCAAAGGGAGAAAGAUGUCAAAGUAUGAUCAUCAGAUGGGACGAGGGGGGUAUACAACUCUUAGGAGGAAGUUGAUUGAAGAGAAUGUGAUUUCGAAGGAGGAAAUUCCCCCAAGGUCAGUUAUGUGGUGUAAAGGGCGUCAAAGUAAAGGAGAAUUUAAGGAUGAAGAUGUUAAAAUUAUGACUGAUAAACUAAUGGAACAUGAGAAGCAGAUAAAAGAAGGACAAGUAAAUGUUGAACUAGGAACGGAUGCCAUGACCUUAGUUUUUGGAAAGGAAAAGGGUGGAUUUUUAAAGGGUGUCGGCACGGGAGUCACAUACAAUAGAUAUUUCAAUGUUCCUCGCAGCAAAGGGUCAUCUAAGGAAGAAAUUAAAGAUCUUAAAGUUGCACUGCAUAAUGGAAAACUUGAGCUUGAGAAAAAAGAUGUUGAACUCAAGGCUUUGUCUACAAAGGUUAAUGAACAAGAUCAAACACUAAAGCUAGUUUUGGCUCAUCUUAAUGCAAAAGGAGCUGACUUUCCAAAUCUGUCUCAUACAAUUGGUAUUUCAAGUGAGAAGAUUGUACAGAGUAAUGAAACGUCUCCUGUUAGUCUCAAAACCAUUGAACCUUCAGAACCUGUAACACUAGCAAAUACAAAAACCACCAACAAAACUGUUGAGUCUAAGACUACCACUAUCAAUCAAAACAUACCAAAAGUUUCACCAAAUAAUCCCAUUCACCAGCCAAUCAAGUGUAGUCUAUCAUAUCCGUAUAAAAGGAACAUCGGCACCAUUCACUUAUCAUCAGAAAGAUAA